UGGCACUGCUCGGGCGCGCCGCGCAAAGGCCAGCCCGGCGCGCGGGAGGAGGAAGCCGCGACUCCCCGCUGCUCCGGAGCCCGGCUGGACUGGAGCCUGGGGCGGCGGAGGGGCCGAGAGGCGGAGGCAGCGGGAGGGGCUGGGCGUGCUCCGGAGUCCGAGGACAGCCCGCCUCCCUGGGAGAACCCGCGGCAGAGGCGGACGGCGCCCUUCCGCAGCGAGCUUUCGGAGUACCGCCAGCCGGGAGGCGAAGGAUGCCGGCGGCGCGGCCAGCCGGCUGCGGGGCAGCGCUGUGGCUGUGGUUCGUCGGCUGCGUCCUCUGCAGAGCCUGGACCGCCCCCUCCGCGUCCCAAAAAUGCGAUGAACCCCUGGUGGCCGGACUCCCACAUGGAGCUUUCAGCAGCUCUUCCUCCAUGUCUGCGAGCUAUUCUCCGGGCUACGCCAAGAUCAACAAGCGAGGGGGUGCCGGUGGAUGGUCUCCAUCUGACAGCGACCAUUAUCAAUGGCUUCAGGUUGACUUUGGCAAUCGGAAGCAGAUCAGCGCCAUCGCAACCCAAGGAAGAUACAGCAGCUCCGACUGGGUGACCCAGUACCGCAUGCUCUACAGCGACACUGGGAGGAACUGGAAACCCUAUCAUCAAGACGGGAACAUCUGGGCAUUUCCCGGGAACGUCAACUCUGACAGCGUGGUACGGCAUGACUUGCAACACCCAGUCGUCGCCCGCCAUGUGCGAGUGGUGCCUCUGGAUUGGCACGGAGAAGGCCGCAUCGGGCUCAGAAUCGAAGUCUACGGCUGUUCCUACUGGGCUGAUGUUAUCAACUUUGAUGGCCACGUUGUGUUGCCGUAUAGAUUCAGAAACAAGAAGAUGAAAACGCUGAAAGAUGUCAUUGCCUUGAAAUUUAAAACCACCGAGAGCGAAGGGGUGAUCCUGCACGGGGAAGGCCAGCAAGGGGACUACAUCACGCUGGAGCUGAGGAAAGCCAAGCUGCUCUUCAGUUUGAACCUAGGAAGCAACCAGCUCGGCCCCAUCUACGGCCACACGUCCGUGACGACGGGAAGCCUGCUGGACGACCACCACUGGCACUCGGUGGUCAUCGAGCGCCAGGGCCGGAGCAUCGACCUCACCCUGGACAGGAGCGUGCAGCACUUCCGCACCAACGGGGAGUUCGACUACCUGGACCUGGACUACGAGAUAACCUUUGGAGGCGUCCCUUUUUCUGGGAAGCCGAGCUCCAGCAGUCGAAAGAAUUUCAAAGGCUGCAUGGAAGGCAUCAACUACAACGGCAUCAACAUCACGGAUCUCGCGAGAAGGAAGAAGCUGGAGCCCUCCAACGUGGGAAACCUGAGCUUCUCCUGCGUGGAGCCCUCCACGGUGCCCGUCUUUUUCAACGCCACCAGCUACCUGGAGGUGCCCGGGCGGCUCCACCAGGACCUGUUCGCGGUCAGCUUCCAGUUCCGGACCUGGAACCCCAGCGGCCUCCUGCUUUUCAGUCACUUCGCCGACGACUUGGGCAACGUGGAGAUCGACCUCACCGAGAGCAAGGUCGGCGUCCACAUCAACGUCACGCAGACCAAGAUGAGCCAGAUAGAUAUUUCCUCAGGCUCUGGCUUGAAUGAUGGACAGUGGCACGAGGUUCGUUUCCUAGCCAAGGAAAAUUUUGCUGUUCUCACCAUUGACGGAGACGAGGCGUCAGCGGUUCGAACAAAUAGUCCUCUCCAAGUUAAAACUGGCGAGAAGUACUUCUUCGGAGGUUUCCCGAACCCGAUGAGUAACUCAAGUCACUCUGUCCUUCAGCCCUCGUUCCAAGGGUGCAUGCAGCUCAUUCACGUGGAUGACCAGCUCGUAAAUUUAUACGAGGUGGCACAGAGGAGGCCGGGGAGCUUUGCAAACGUCAGCAUCGACAUGUGCGCCAUCAUAGACAGAUGUGUGCCCAACCACUGCGAGCACGGUGGGAAGUGCUCCCAAACCUGGGACAGCUUCAGAUGCACCUGUGAUGACACAGGGUACAGCGGGGCCACCUGCCACAACUCCAUCUACGAGCCGUCCUGCGAGGCGUACAAACACCUGGGCCAGACGUCGAAUUACUACUGGAUAGACCCUGAUGGCAGCGGACCGCUGGGGCCUCUGAAGGUGUAUUGCAACAUGACAGAGGACAAAGUGUGGACCAUCGUCUCUCACGACCUGCAGAUGCAGACCACGGUGCCGGGCCACGGCCCAGAAAGGUACUCGGUGACGCAGCUGGCGUACAGCGCCUCCAUGGACCAGAUCAGCGCCAUCACCAGCAGCGCUGAGUACUGCGAGCAGUACGUCUCCUACUUCUGCAAGAUGUCCAGGUUGUUGAACACCCCAGAUGGAAGUCCUUACACCUGGUGGGUUGGCAAAGCCAACGAGAAGCACUACUACUGGGGAGGCUCCGCGCCCGGAGUUCAGAAGUGCGCCUGCGGCAUCGAGCGCAACUGCACGGACCCCAAGUACUACUGCAACUGCGACGCGGACUACAAGCAGUGGAGGAAGGACGCUGGCUUCCUAUCCCACAAAGAUCACCUGCCGGUGAGCCAGGUGGUAGUGGGGGAUACUGACCGGCAAGGCUCGGAAGCGAAGCUGAGUGUGGGCCCCCUGCGCUGCCAAGGAGACAGGAACUAUUGGAACGCGGCCUCUUUCCCCAACCCCUCCUCCUACCUGCACUUCUCGACCUUCCAAGGGGAGACCAGCGCUGACAUUUCUUUCUACUUCAAGACGCUGAUCCCUCGGGGCGUGUUCCUGGAAAACCUGGGGAACACGGACUUCAUCAAACUCGAGCUCAAAUCUGCCACAGAAGUGUCCUUCUCCUUUGACGUUGGGAACGGGCCCGUGGAGAUUGUGGUGAGGUCGCCCACGCCGCUCAACGAUGACCAGUGGCACCGGGUCACCGCGGAGAGGAACGUGCAGCAGGCCAGCCUGCAGGUGGACCGGCUGCCGCAGCAGACCCGGAAGGCACCGACCGAGGGCCACACCCGCCUGGAGCUCUACAGCCAGCUGUUCGUGGGUGGCGCCGGAGGCCAGCAGGGCUUCCUGGGCUGCAUCCGCUCCCUGAGGAUGAACGGGGUGACGCUGGACCUGGAGGAAAGAGCGAAGGUCACUUCCGGCUUCAAGUCCGGGUGCUCGGGCCACUGCACCAGCUACGGGACCAACUGCGAGAACGGAGGCCAGUGCGUGGAGAAAUACCACGGCUACUCCUGCGACUGCUCGCACACGGCCUACGACGGCACCUUCUGCAACAAAGACGUGGGUGCCUUUUUUGAAGAGGGGAUGUGGCUGCGGUACAACUUCCAGGCCCCCGGGGCCAGCGGCAGGGAGUCGGGCGGCCGGACAGAGAGCUCACCAGAGCAGCAGGGCCCGCCACCGGACCUGGCCCAGGAGGAGGUCCGCUUCAGCUUCAGCACCUCCAAGGCGCCCUGCAUCCUCCUGUACGUCAGUUCUCUCACCACGGACUUCCUGGCCAUCCUCGUCAAACCCACCGGGAGCCUGCAGAUCCGGUACAGCCUGGGCGGCACCAGGGAGCCGUUCAACAUCGACCUGGACCACAGGAACAUGGCCAACGGGCAGCCCCACAGCGUCAACGUCACGCGCCGCGGGAAGACCGUCACGCUCAAGCUGGACCACUACCCUUCCGUGAGCUACCACCUGCCGAGCUCGUCUGACACGCUGUUCAACUCCCCCAAGGCGCUCUUCCUGGGGAAAGUCAUAGAAACGGGGGAGAUCGACCCGGAGAUCCACAAGUACAACACCCCGGGCUUCACCGGCUGCCUGUCGCGCGUGCAGUUCAACCGCAUCGCCCCGCUCAAGGCGGCCCUGCGGCAGACGCAGGCCUCCGCGCAGGUGCGCGUCCAGGGCGUGCUGCUGGAGUCCAACUGCGGGGCCUCCCCGCUCACCCUCUCGCCCAUGUCGUCUGCCACCGACCCCUGGCACCUGGACCACCUGGACUCAGCCAGUGCUGAUUUUCCGUAUAAUCCAGGUCAAGGCCAAGCUAUAAGGAAUGGAGUCAACAGAAACUCAGCCAUCAUCGGAGGCGUCAUUGCUGUGGUGAUCUUCACCAUCCUCUGCACCUUGGUCUUCCUCAUCCGGUACAUGUUCCGCCACAAAGGAACCUACCACACCAACGAAGCGAAGGGGGCAGAGUCUGCCGAGAGCGCAGACGCCGCCAUCAUGAACAACGACCCCAACUUCACAGAGACCAUUGACGAGAGCAAAAAGGAGUGGCUCAUCUGAGGGGUGGCCCUUUGGCGUCGGGGUGGGGGGCGGGAGGGGAGGGAACCAAAGCACCCUGCUCCAUACUCUUGGGCACAUCCUUGAAAAUGUCAGCACAAGUUGGGGGAAGGAAGCAGCAGAAAAUUCCUGAGACUGAUCGCCACACACACACAAAGUAAUACUUUUUAAUAUUUCUUUAUAGCUGAGUUUUCCCUUCUGUAUCAAAAAAUAAUACAAAAAUGCUUUUAGAGUUUAAGCAAAGGUUGAAGUUUGUAGGUAAUAUCUGUUUUAUUUUGUGUAUGUUUAGAGGUGUUCUAAAAACUCACGGUAACAGGGCAAGUUUUCUACGUUUUUAAGAGCCCUUAGAAGGUGGAUAUUUUGGUUUUUUUGAGGAAAGCUGAUGCACAGACACACGGCCCCCAGCACUCCCUUCCUUUUGCACACAGUCAGCUGUCAAUGGGCUAUUGCAGCUACUAGUUCACGUUCAUACACUGUUCCUUUUGGUGUCCUGUAAAUUGGAGAAGGAAAGAGAGGGGCAAAGAGAACCUACUGUUCACCAGUUUUCCAAGAGACCUCAGUCUCUGCCAGUUUUCCAAGCGUUCCGGCCGGAAGCAGUCAGAGAAGGAAGGCGUGUGGCGGCUGUCAGGACCGGCGGCACCACGGACAGACGCCUGCGGUGCCAGGGCAGGUACUUUCCCGUCGGGGUCAUCGGUCUCCUUCUUCAUCGAAUUCCGCGAGAGCGUGUUGUUCCAUGUUUGUGGUCCUACACCUGUUCGAUCCCUGGACCCACCACUGGUGACCGGCUGUUACUAAAGAUUUCUCCUCGGCUUUACCUGCAGCGUACAGGCUCACCCUCCACGGGUGUGCACGCACCUCGCGGGGGAAUCAGAACCAGAUGUCGCGAUUCAUUUGCUCUGUGUCUCUCUCGUAGUUGUAGCAAGAGUGCCGACACUUCCCAGUGAAUGCGGAAAGUAGGUGGCCCUCAUUUUGCUUUCAGUGUCUAGUGUUUAAGUCCCCGUGACAAAAUCGCAGACAGGGACCAGACACUCCACAUUAAAGCCAAGUCAUGACUGCUGUUAUUAUUUAUGUUCUCCCGAAUCAUCAGGGGAAAGCACUGCCCUGUGUUACGUCAUCUGCUCCCGGAUCGUCCCACCUGCAAUGGACACGCUGCCCUGGUCCCGGAUCUUCUCUGGCAGAUCCGUCCGCAGCUCUGGUCCAGCACCAGCCCGGUCGCCGGCCAUUGCUUCUCAGAGAACGCACCUGUCUGGUCAGUCACCCCUCGGUUCAAUCAGAAAUCGUGACCAACUUAUCUCAACAAAUAACUCAUUGGUUUUAUUUAAAAAAUAAUAGUGUGCAAACCAGUGGGACAAAGCUCCUCUUGGAACAGCUGAAAAAUAAUCAUUUCAUUUAUUUAAUAAAAGAUUGCAUAGAAGUCAUUUCUAGAAUAACUACCAUUUAUAGUCAUUGCAGUUCAGGCUCUUGGGCUUAAUCAAUGCUUUUUAAAAUUUCUUUAGACUCCCAACGUUCGAUCACCUUCUCCCUUCUCCUGCUAGGUGAGAUGAGGUAAAAGGUAUGGAUGCUAUUUUUCUGAUAGCCUUCCUCAGUAAAAUGGAAAUUCUAGUUUGCUUGGGUUGUACGUGCACACUUUUCAAGAUACGUGGUAUAUGCCUAACUUACUGCAGGACCUCAGUGUCUCGAGCAGGUAUAAUGUCACCCACACCUUCCAGGCACGUGACACAGGAACGUGGCACAUUCCACAGGAGGCUCUGGGCCCGUUCAAGUCAGGUGACAGACCCAACGGGAGCCCGAACACCCUUGCAGUUGCUGACCUCAGGCACUUUCAUGGACCCCCUUCUCUGAGAACAGUCUUGAUCCCCCUUCCAUAAAGCGCAUCACAAAUGAGAAGCAGUGAACGGGACCGAACAUCAGAGCUGAGGGUCUGACACGACCCUGAAAGCAAAGGCCAUCGACUGAACCGAGGUGACUGCCAUUCGUGGUUCUUGCAUUACUGUCCAACUGAAAAAGCGAAUUUUAGACGGUACGUUUAAAGGUUUCCAAUUCCUAACAACCACAAUUUUUAAAAAGGCAUUACCUUCGCACUUGACAAAUCAUGACGGACAUUGAUUACUUCCUGCGUUUCCCUCGAUGGUUCUGUUCUCUCUGCGCUGUCUCAGCACUUCCCCUUCCUCCCCGGGACGGUUAGGGACCGAAAACAACCAAAACGUCCUCUGAUGCUGAAAUGCCCUCAGCCUUCCUCUCUCCUCUCUCCUUUCCACUUUCCUGCUACAGAAUGUUAAAGGCAAUACCCGACGCUUCUCCAACCAACUUUCCACACCAAGGGCACUGGAAUGCCUGCCGGGAUCACCGUCACUGGGGACGUUUCCCAUGCACAGAGGUGUGACAAUCUCUGCCCUUCAGGGGGUCACCCUCCAGCCAGCAGGCAGGGCACAGAAAGGUGGAUGAGGUACUAAGGGUCAAACGAUGCUGGAACUCUUGGCUUCUCUUUGGACUGUGGGCUUCGAGGUAGCUCCGCCAGCCGCAGUCCCCAGAGUCUUGACACCCACCAUGCCAUUCGUCAUCGAUCAAGCACAAAAGGCCAAGGGCAGCGCAUCUUUGCAUAAUAAGAACAGACAAAAAAACAAAAAAAAUAAAAGUUUUUUUAGAGCUGUUCAUACAGGAAACAUCUUCUGUGUACAAAGCAAGCACCUAUGUUUUGAGAAGCCAGGAGUGAGGACUUAGCAUGAUGUGAAACCAGUGCCAUCAUAAGCUCUCAAAAUAAGAUAUUGCCUGGAACUCAAGGGAACUCGCCCCAUUUUAUGGUGAAGCUCUGCUCUGGCCCUUCUUUGUAAGACUGUAUCUUCUCUCGUGGCUUUCAACCAACCGCUCAGAAAAGCGAUUCAGGUGAGGUGGAUGCUGAAGAGCUGUAAUCGAGGGUGUGGGGCACCUCUGGCGGGAAAGGCCCUGUUGCUCCGCACUUGACAGAUGAGCAGCCUGGACCACCGGGGGCAGGAAUUCAGGGGCACGAGAGAAAGGCUUGGCGCAAGCCGAGGGGACUUCGUGUGACUGUGGAACCAGCAGGCGCCAGUGCAGAGCGGGCACAGAGCCACCCGCCGUGUCCGACACGCACUGGAGGGGAAGCCGUCAGCCACCAGACAUGAGAGCGCAGCAUCAGGGUGAGGUCGGGGAGAAACUUGGACCUCCUUCUAUAACGGGAUCAGCACUUUUCUAGUCUUCCACUUGUUCCUACAGCGUAAAUGUUUUCCUGGCUCCUUUAUGUCUCCCGCCUACAAACACUUAGCGCCUGAUCUGAACCUCUUCCCAUGUUCUCCUUUUCACCAUCCUCCCAAGCUGUUUUCAGAAAGAGGGGCAGCAGGUUACCAAAUUGAAUUAUUAAUUUGAACUCCAGUCAGCCAGCCACAACAGGUCACAAGUGCAAGUCCGGAAGUAGGUAGGAAAUCAGUGGGCACCAUUUUUUAGUGAUAUCUGGGGAGCGAGGACCCCAGUAGGGUCCUGACCCCUCUCUCUCUAUCCCUGCCUUGCUGUGUGACCUUCGCCAAGUCGCUGAACCUCUGUCCUCCUUCACCGGGGUUUGAGUCGCCGCUGUUUUACAUGUGACACUCCUAAGAGGCGCUGAUUCUUGACCGCAGAACACCAAGAUGCAGAAGCACAGGCCCGAGUCCGUGACACCUCGCAGAGACACUUUCUGGCCUGCGGUUGUGAGCCACACAGCUAGAAGCCACGUGUCCAGGAAGGAGGAGCCAUGCGGGGCGUUGCUGCGCAACAGCGAAGUUAUUUACGAGGUGCGCUGCCGUCAGCACAGCGGGGAGGCCACGCACAGAGCCCAAGGCCAGAGAAACCGGGCAGCGCCCACCUGAAGCCCCCGGGUCCCCCUGCGUGAGCCUCCCUCCGUGUGAUUGGCUGGGACAUGAGACAACACGAGAAACAGAUGCGGCUCUUUGCAGAGCCUGCUGGUAACGUUGGAAACCCCGAUUCCUCUCCCAGCAGCGUUUCCUGGAGACAGGCGGGAUGCGUGUGUACCAGCUCGUCGAUGGAAUGGGGAAGCCGCGUCGGACAGCCAGUUAACUGGGCUGAGCAAAGACCGGCAGAGGCGUGAACGUCCGACGUGCGCCCACAGGUUUGUUUUCGGAGGAGAUUUCAGACCAGGCCUCUGUAGACCGUCUGCACCACUUCCGAGCCUCCGCUGCUUUGCAGCGAACGCUGGACCGCGGUGGCCACGGAAACACGGAAGCCCCCCUCCGGGAGGCCCUGACGUGGUUCUCAGUGUCACUGAUCCCGAGAUUUGUUCCUGCGGGUUUUCCAUGCGUUCGGUGUGCACGGUGACUACGGAGGUCGGCAUCGUGAAAAGCUGGGCUACAUAUUCUUUCUGUAAAGUCAGGAGGGGCUCCGUCCCUGUGAAAUAACACGGAAUUUCACUCUCUAAAAGCAACAGCAUGUAAACUAGAAUGAACGAAGGGAAUUAUGUAUGUAUGUAUGCCUAAUAUUCUUUGUGAAUGUCUUUCAUUUAACUAAAAUUAUAUUAGACACCAGAUUGAUAAAUAAAAACAAAUCCAAAAUA